UCUUUUAUUUAUGUGAAUACAGAUCCUCGUGACCUUGGAAAACUUCACAGAAACAAACUCAGUGACGCAGAUAUAAAAGCGAUUUUGAAGCCAGUCGACUCCAAAAAGGGAAUACAAUACCCUGUGAAUCCUCAGAAGAGGAGGUAUAAUCCUGAGUGGGAGGAUAGAUUUCCUUGGUUGCGUUAUUCGGAAUCAGAAGAUGGGGCAUACUGCUCAUGCUGUUUUACCUUUGCCAAUGCGUCUACUUCGAAUGACCCACUAGUUUCUGCUCCUUUCAAGGACUGGAAAAAUGCUAUAGGUGCUAAAAGAGGCAUUCUCACAAACCAUGAGCUGACAAAGUGUCACAGGAGUUCAAUGGUCGCCGCCGAAAACUUUAUGCUCGUGGCUAGAAAAGAGAAAGAGUCUAUCAAAGAAUCCCUGAAUCGUAGCUACUCAGAAACAGUUCAGAAAAGCAGAGAUACCCUAUGUUCUAUUCUUGACGUGGUGAUUCUUCUAGCCAAAAGAGGUAUUCCAUUCAGGGGAAGGUGGGACAAAUCUGCUAAAAGAGAUAUUGGUAAUUUUGAAUAUUUUAUUCACUGGCUGGCAAAAUAUGAUAACAACCUGUCUGAUCACUUGUCGUCGGCUGCAAAAAACGCACGCUGUUUAUCGCCACAAGUCCAAAACGAAAUGAUAGAUUGUCUUGGUGAGGUUAUUUGCAGUACCCUUGUUUCAAAUGUCAAUCAGAGCAAGUUCAUCAGCAUCAUGGCGGACGAAACAACUAAUGUUUCGACGAUAGAGCAACUGUCUGUCUGUGUACGAUACCUUGGCAUGUCAUCUGCCACCAACAAAGUUGAAGUCGAUGAAGUCUUCCUGGGGUUUGUACCGCUACCGAGAACUGAUGCAGCUACCAUAUCCGAUCUCUUGAUUAAUCACCUUGUUAAAUGGGGUGUCGAUCUUGAGCGUCUCCGUGGAAUGGGGUUUGAUGGGGCGUCGGUAAUGAGUGGAGUUAAUGCAGGAGUCCAGGCAAGGAUCACUGCCCGAUUUCCAAAAGCAAAGUACUUUACCCAUUGCUCAAGCCACUGCCUAAACCUAGUCAUCGUCGCAAGCUGCAAUGACGUGCGUGAAAUCAGCAACUUUAUGACAACGUUCCAGCAAGUAACACUGUUUUUUUCUUACUCUGCCAAGAGAAAAGAUAUUCUAAAGGAGAAAAUGGGUGCGGCUUCCGAUGCUGAAGAACUUCUGGCAGACUGUACGUUGGAAGAGCACGAAGAGGAAAAUCUUUCGGCCGCCUCAAACCGUGAAUGUUUACCAACCUUGAGCGACACACGCUGGCUUUCACGAGUUGAUUCCAUCAGUACCCUUUUGGUGAAUUACUCAGCUAUAUACGAUUCUGUAUCUGAAGUCAUGCUGCAGUCAACAGGCAAGGCAUCCCAUGAUGCAUCCGCCUUUUUACGUGCCAUGGAGCAGUUCCAUUUCAUUAUUUCA